AUGAUAGCGAAAAAAGAAGAAAAAAAUGGCAAAGUAGCAGAAAAAGAGCCUGAAUUGAUAUCCAAUCAUGGACGAGUUCGAUCCAGAAGGGACGAGGAAGCUUUGGAUAAGAAAAUUGCUGAAAUACGAAAAAAGAAUCAAUUGAUCGAGCAAAGGAAAGAACUUGUAGAGGAAGAUCGUGCAAAUUUUGUCAACGAAUGCGGCGAAAUGAGGCUUUAUGAUGGGGCAAAAGGGACAAUGUACAGAAAU